UUCACUCCUAAGUUUAUGAGUGAUCAUCAUCUAGAGAGAGAGAGAAAAUCCACUGAAGGAAAAACAGUCUGUCUUCCAUAAUUGCUCUCUUUCUAUAUAUCUUAUCUCUUGUGUUCUUACAUCUCUUCUAAACCCAUUCCCUCUCUCUCUUUCUCUCUCUCUCGCUCUUCAAAUUUCAUCACUCUUUACGGAAAUUUCUCAUUUUCACCGCCUGUGCUGUCUCUAUUUUCCGUCAAAUUCUCAACUUUUGUGCCAAAGCGGCACAUUUUUUUCUCUGAGGGAAAAACAACUUUUUCCCCGGAAAAUCAUGGAAAUAUCCACUGCUCUAAUGAUUCUUUCAGCCAUCACGGCGUAUUUCUUAUGGCUCACAUUCAUAUCUCGUUGUCUUAAAGGCCCACGUGUCUGGCCCUUAGUUGGGAGUCUCCCUGGUCUAAUCGAGAACUGCGAGCGAAUGCACGACUGGAUCUCCGACAACCUCCGUGCUUGCUCCGGUACGUAUCAGACAUGCAUCUGCGCAAUCCCUUUCCUAGCCAAGAAACAAGGUCUCGUGACAGUCACGUGCGAUCCAAGGAACCUCGAGCACAUUCUCAAGACUCGCUUUGAUAAUUACCCUAAAGGCCCGACUUGGCAAGCCGUUUUCCAUGACCUUCUAGGUCAAGGGAUCUUUAAUUCCGAUGGUGACACGUGGCUUUUCCAGCGUAAGACCGCCGCUUUGGAGUUCACAACAAGGACUCUCCGUCAAGCUAUGGCUCGUUGGGUUAACCGAGCGAUCAAGCUUCGGUUUCUACCUAUUCUUGAAACGUCUCGGCUCGGCUCCGAGCCGAUCGAUCUUCAAGAUUUGCUUCUUCGGCUCACGUUUGAUAAUAUCUGCGGCUUGACUUUUGGGAAAGAUCCAAGGACUUGCGCUCCGGGUCUUCCGGUGAACACCUUCGCGGUGGCGUUCGAUCGAGCCACCGAGGCUUCACUACAGCGGUUCAUAUUGCCGGAGAUUUUGUGGAAGUUCAAGAGAUUGGUCGGACUCGGCUUAGAAGUCAGCUUGAGCCGAAGCCUGGUCCAAGUAGACAAUUAUUUGUCUGAGAUUAUUAAAACACGUAAGCAAGAUUUGAUGACUCAGCAUACUAACGAUGGGACCCAGCACGACGACCUCUUGUCGCGCUUCAUCAAGAAGAAGGAAUCCUACUCCGACGAGAUCCUCCAGCGCGUGGCGCUCAACUUCAUCCUCGCCGGACGUGACACGUCAUCGGUCGCGUUGAGCUGGUUUUUCUGGUUGAUUACGCAGCACCCGACCGUAGAGGAUAAAAUCCUCCGCGAGAUCUGCGCCGUUUUGAUCGACACACGUGGCGAUGACGUGGCAUCGUGGACGGAGGAGCCGCUUGCGUGUGAGGAGCUUGAUCGAUUGGUUUAUCUUAAGGCGGCGUUAUCGGAGACGCUGAGGCUGUAUCCGUCGGUGCCGGAGGAUUCGAAACGCGCCGUGAAGGACGAUGUCUUGCCGGACGGGACUUUUGUGCCGGCGGGAUCAUCCGUGACGUAUUCGAUUUACUCGGCGGGGAGGAUGAGAUCGACUUGGGGAGAUGAUUGUCUGGAAUUCAAACCGGAGAGAUGGAUUUCGCAAUCAGACGGUGGGAGAUUCAUCAAUCAUGAUCCGUUUAAAUUCGUGGCGUUCAAUGCUGGCCCUAGGAUCUGCUUGGGUAAAGAUCUGGCUUAUCUGCAAAUGAAGUCGAUUGCGGCGGCGGUUUUGCUCCGCCACCGUUUGACGGUGGUGACGGGGCAUAAGGUGGAACAGAAGAUGUCGUUAACUCUAUUCAUGAAGUACGGUCUUCUGGUUAACGUCCAUAAACGGGAUCUAACGGCAAUCGCGGCCGAUCUGCGAGGGAAGACAGGUUGUAAAUCUAACGCCGUCAAUGACGGGGUUGGUAACGGCGUUACAAUGUAGGUAGGGUAGGUGAAACCAAUCGCAUCUAUCAUUGAAUGUGGAAUUGAUUGGUGGCACUCGCCUUUUGGAGCGUGUGAGGUACGCGGCUCUUUGGCCUACACAGCAGCUCGCCAGAUGUGGUUUAUUGAUUGGCUGCAUUAUUGGAUAGAGGUAAUUUUGCAAAGUGCGUUGUCCUCUUUUUUUUUUUUGUUCAUCUGCCUUCGUAUUGUGGCAGUAAAAUUUGAUUUCAUUAUUUUGUAAGCAUCUCUCAAUUGAUUUAAUAAAUCCUAUAUUAUUAAUUGACAAAUAA